GAAGCCUGCACUCCCAGCACUGCUGUCUUCUCACCCAGCCUGAAGCCUGAGUAGUGCCAGGAUGUCCCUGAGUCUGUCCACCCUGCUGCUUCUCCUCCUCACCCUCGACAGUUCCCUGGCCCUGAGGCUCUGUUCCUUCAACGUGAGAUCCUUUGGGCAAAGCAAGAAGGAAAACCAAAAUGCCAUGGAUGUCAUUGUGAAGGUCAUCAAACGCUGUGACCUUAUACUCUUAAUGGAAAUCAAGGACAGCAACAAUAGGAUCUGUCCCAUGCUGAUGGAUAAGCUGAACGGAAAUUCAAGGAGAGACAUUACAUAUAGCUAUGUGAUUAGCUCUCGUCUUGGAAGAAACACAUAUAAAGAACAGUAUGCCUUUAUCUACAAGGAAAAGCUGGUGUCUGUAAAGGAGAAGUACCUCUACCAUGAUUAUCAGGAUGGGGAUACAGAUGUGUUUUCCAGGGAGCCCUUUGUGGUUUGGUUCCAGUCACCACACACUGUUGUCAAGGACUUCGUGAUUGUCCCCCUGCAUACCACCCCGGAGACAUCCAUUAAAGAGAUUGAUGAGUUGGCUGAAGUCUACAAGGAUGUGAAAUGGCGUUGGAAUGCAGAGAAUUUCAUUUUCAUGGGUGACUUUAAUGCUGGCUGCAGCUAUGUCCCCAAGAAGGCCUGGAAAAACAUUCGCUUAAGAACUGACCAGAGGUUCAUCUGGCUGAUUGGGGACCAAGAGGACACCACAGUUAAGAAGAGUACCAACUGUGCAUAUGACAGGAUUGUGCUUCGAGGGCAAGAGAUAGUCGAAUCUGUGGUUCCCAGAUCAAAUGGCACCUUUGACUUCCAGAAAGCCUACAAAUUAUCUGAAGAGGAGGCCCUGGAUGUCAGUGACCACUUUCCAGUUGAAUUUAAACUACAGUCUUCAAGGGCCUUCACAAACCGCAAAAAAUCUAUUGCUCCAAAGAGGAAAAAAAAMCCCAAUCAUUCCUAAAUACAAAGGCACCAUUUAAUUAACUAUUUCUUGCCUCUAAAUAAAUGGUCCUAACAGGUAUUAGCUGAUCCCUGCACACUCUAGAAAGAUGACUCGUCCAGCUGCUUUUAUUUUUCACUUGAGUUAAUUCUGCCUUGAGCCAAAUUGGGAGGAAAAUUUUCUGCCAUCCCUUCUGGCUCAUACCUCCCAAGAACUGUCCUAAAGGAAAAGUUUGUCUUUGUGAUGCAAAAGAAUGGUCUUAGGUCCUCAAGCCCCAUCCUUUGUCACUAGUCCUUACUCAACCCUGUUCUGCUGGAGGCUGCAGGAGGAUGUCAGACAGACAGCUUUCCGAGGAAUCCAAUUCCUAGGAAAUGAGCAGAAAUGCCAAGGCCCCAACUGCACCACAUAACUUGGGCAAUUAACUGGUUUAAGACUUCACCUUCAAGUCCUUCAGUCUGAGAUCAGGCCUCCAUCAUAUCUCACAGGGAUGGAUGAGGCCACUCCCACUUGUUCUCCCUAUCUCCAGACUGACCUCCUUCAAGUCAGCCAUCGCAGUAAGCACCAGUGUCAUCCUCUGAUGUACCAGUCAGUCCACAGCUCAUCCCCAUUCUUAUCACCUCCCUAUAAUCCUUCAGGGGCUCUCAUCACCAUGAGCUUAGUCUUUAGGCAUCAUAAAGGUUUCUAUUAGCCUACAUCUGACAAUACCUUGCACUGCAUGCUCCAGCAGGACAACUCUUCCCUGCCCAUCAUAUGCUCUACCUCCCUCCAGGUCUUGGCUCCAUCUUGGGUGCCCUGCCCUGCCCCACAGACUGGAUUAAGGGCCCUUGACACCACUUCCUAUGCCUCCACUGGAACAUGUACCACAUUGUAUUUGUCACCAAGGCAGUACUAGAGUUCGUUGAGGGUCUUAGUGUGACAAAUGCCCUGUUGGCUGGCUGGGACUUUAUUUUUUCUGCAAAUGUGCAGAGCAACAUGGAACUACUUUGCCUAUACCAAGAUAUGCAUUUUUAUGUUUUGAUUUGUUUUUAUUGAUAUUAUGCCUUUGUUCAAGUAGUAACACGAGCAAGGCUAAAUGUGCUCACAGUGCCAAAGCAUCAGCAGAAAAAGAAAUGUCACAUGGCAAUGCUAUUCCCUAGUUUCCCGUCUCACAAGCAGCCCCUCUGACCAAAUUAUGUGUACUUUCA